GGGUUGGAGUUAGGCAUGAAGAGAGAUGAUUGGUCAGGGGUUAGCGGAGAAGACAGGGUGAGCCAAUCAGAGGCGAGGUGGGAAAAACUAAAGCACAACAGACUCCGGUGUGGGAUCGACGGAGAAAUGGAAGAAGCGAAUGUUGAAGAUAUUUUGGAUGAUUGGUUCAUCGAGUCCCUGAAAACGUACAAAGAUCUUCAUGUGUAUCAGCUGGAGCAUCCCACGCAGGUCAUCGAGUGGACGUCAGGGAAGACCGUCUGCGUCGCAGGAUACGGUUCGUCCAAAAACGAAGUCCUGGAGCUUCGUUUGCCUCUGAAACUCUUCGCCAAUGAAAAUAAGGGUCUGUGUGCGGAGCGGGACUUCAAAGUUGUCCACGGCGGUUUUGCAGACGGACCCGUUCGCUGCCUCAGACAUGUCCCGGGAACGAGGUGCAUUGUGACCAGUGACGGGCUGAGCUCCAACCUUCAGGUAUGGGAUCUCGGAGGAGACGACAGCGACGUGAUCAGGAGGACGGGGAGCGUCAAGGGGAGGACGACCGCGUCGGAGGGCGUCAGCAGGAUCGCAGCUCGACCGUCGUCGCGGCCACAUAUUCUCCACGGAGCCCUGAGCGGCGACAUCCAGCUGACUGAGCUGACCUCGGGAAAGACUCUGUAUAAACUCGAGACGGACUCGGCAGAUCCUCUGAGUUCUCUACAGUUUGUCGGCGACAGUGUUUUCCUCGCCGGCUGCCGUAAUGGGAACAUUUACGUCGCCGACACUCGCACGUCUUCUGCUCCUCAGCUCUCGCCUCCACCGGCAUCUUCGGGCGAGUCCGAGCCCUGGUGGACGGAUGCCUCCGCCGGUCCGGACCCGUCCAGCUGCAGGGUCAUCAGGCUCUCCUUGUCCGGGGAGGCGGCGGUCUCCGACCUGAGGAACCCGGGAGCCAUCGUGAGCCGAGCUCGGCUGGACGUUCAGACGCACUGCCGCUGCAGCAGCACGGACGAUGUCGGACUGUCGUUGGCUCCGGCGCUGGACUGUAUCGCAGUGUCAGGUUUGGGCAGAGCGGUUCAGAUCUACGACACGUCGGUUUGGAGGCCUGAGCCGCAGGACGCCCUGCCGCUGUUCGAGCACCGUGGCCACGAGGUUUCAUCCAGACAGUCUGAUGAGGGCAGCGUCCCUGCCCUCGUAACCUCCCACGUCUGGCAUCCGGAUCGGCCGCGUACACUGCUCUCCGCCGCCGCAGACGGCUCUGUCCACGUGUGGGACUGGGUCGACCGCUCGGCCGCCGACGCUCCAGCUCCAGGAGCAAAAUGAAGUUCUAGCUCUCCGGGGGGAAAGAGAGCGAUGAGUAGAACUGGUGUCGGUGCCGUUUUAGAAAUGUCGUUGUUAAAUUCCCACAACAAACGAUUAAAUCGUCUGCGAUCGAAAAAAACAAAGCUUACGAUUGAAGUGCUCACACUGAGGCCUGUUGGUUUCACUUUCACUGUGGUUUGCCGCAGUGAGAAGAGAAGCCGCUGAGUUUGAGGAAUCGACUUCAACUGCACGAGAGCCUGAAGAGACGACCGAUCAAAACUUCCGAACAUGUUACAAAUUCAUCUGACGGCCAGUCGGGAGCAUGUGCUCGCCGCACACUCUCCCCCGAGGCUGAAAGUCCGGUGUUAAAAAUGAGUCGUGCGUCUCAGAAAUUGGGUCAAAUCGUACGGUGCAGUGUCGUUUACUGAAGAAAACCCACAACAACCUGCAUUUGUCCUGAAGGGGGAUGACAGAGGAAACUGGAAUGUACAUAAAGAAACAAACUUGUUUCAAUGCCCCCAAGAAAACCAACGUUUGAUUUCCGAUCAGAACCUUUUCUUCUUUCUGCAGCUAAUGUCAAAGAAACACACUCAACUUUGUCUUUAUGAGACAACGGCAUGAUUAACUCGCUCAGUCAUUACAACCUGUACGAAAUCUGUUUUUCCCGUCUGUAUUGUUUCAGGAAGCCGCUCCUGCUGCUGUACACUUGGUAUUUUUAUUUACUUGCAGAUUACAUCAGCAACUAACUUUGUUCAUCGAAUAAUCUUCUGAUUAUUUUCCCCGGAGAUUUGUUAAGUCUAUAAAGUUUAAUUCCAAACAUCCUGAGGUGACGUCUCUCAACGUCUUGUUCCGUCGGACCCACAGUCCCAAACCCAAAGUUCACCUUACAUGACAGAGAAAUAAAGAAUUCCUCACAAACUCUG